AUGUCCAGCGGCGAUGCUGCAGUCGCAGACGCCUUCGCGGCGGGACGCAUACCACCAGAAAUAAGCGUUGCGUAUCUCGACGAGGAUCGGGAUACGCCGUCGAUGGGGGCUUCGAUUUUCAUGUUUGUGCUCACGCUCCUGGUUGUCAACGGCCGGGCGUUUUCGCGAUUCUUUCUACGGAAAAGUUUCGGACUGGACGAUGCGCUCGCAGUCAUAGGGAUGGUCAUGUUCAUCGCUUUCGUGCCUUUUUGCAUCAUUUUGAUCAACAUCGGAUCUGGUCGACAUUUUGAGUAUAUCCAGUAUGUUAUGACGCAAGAUACCCUGGAGGAAACAGAAAUUCUCGACUUCGCUGCGCAUCUCAUUUACACGACCGCGUUGCUGUUUUGCCGCUACUCCGGUCUGGCAUUCUACUACCGCGUCUGCGGCAUUCACGACAGCUUCCUCAAGUCUAUCAAAUGGCUCGCAGGUUUCAUAUUUGCCGGAUAUCUCACGCAAAUGCUGCUCAUUGUCUUUCACUGUCUGCCGGUGACGGGACUCUGGCCAUAUGAGUGGCAGACGCAAUUCAACCAGUACAAGUGUCUGCCGUGGGGAUUUGUGUACGGCAUCAACUCGGCGGUCUCGCUGCUGUGCGAUUUCGUUCUCUUCGGAAUUCCGAUUGCCAUGCUGCGGAUGCUCGAGAUGACUCGGAAGCGCAAGAUCCAACUGGCUUGCAUUCUUUUACCUGGCACACUUGUUGUCGCCAUUUCUGUCGCUCGUUUGAUACUUGUAAUCAACGGCCAAUGGCAACCAGAUCAAUCAUGGAUCUACAGCCCCUUAAUCGCCAUUGAAGUAGCCGAAAUUGGCGCCACGUUGAUUGCGCUUUCCGUCCCAGGGAUUCGACCACUUUUGGAUGAGAUUCACAACAAAACAAUCAUUUGGCUCAGCAGACACUUACCCUGCCUGUUCAAGCGGAAGAACAGGGACGUUCACCCCGACCAUUGGAGUGAAUCCACAACGUGGAAGGACAACCCCACGCCAAGGCAAGCUGACUUCAAAAUGCAAGACAUGGAGGACAUACUCGGUGUCGAACUCGCGGCUAUUGAGAAAUACGAGUCGAAAUCUAGCCUCAAGAACAAGUUCAGGUCGGGAAGGCUUAGUCAAGUAGCCGUUAUGGAGAUGGGAGAAAACCGAAUCUAA